AUGAAUGUCGGAGUCUCUGCGAAGGUCGCGGCGGAGGGCGAGGGCUCCAUGGCUACUGAGGCCGCCUACCAGUCCGGAGCUAAGUGGUUUCAGUUUCAGACUGACUACUACUUCGACCACGACGUCACCGUGGUUUUCGGCACAGGGGGCUACGACGGCGACGAGCAUUACCAGUACUCUAGUAAUGGGACCUACCGGCGCGUGCGCAGGGUGAAGAUCCUCAUGCAGUGCCGCGGCGGGCAGGUCGACGAUUCCCUGCCGCGAAGCGAGGGCGCCCCCAUCUGCCGCUCGGGGUGCCACCUGCUCUACAGAUGGCGAGCCCGCGUGCAGGAGACGGGCGCCGGCCACGGCCGCUCCGCCAGCGCCAGGAUCCGGGCCUGCCAGACCGACGCCCGCGAGGGCGAGGAGGAGUGGCGCAUUGCGCACCAGGACCUCGCUCCGGUGAUCUGCCGGCAAGCCCCGCACGCUGCCAAGCUGUGCCUGGCCGGCCCGCUCCGCAGCGGCGAGUGGCUGGAGGUGACGCGCGAGCUGCGAGAGACCCGCCAGGUGGCCGUCUCGUUCGACUGA